AUGGAACUGAUGACCAACGGCCUGCCAGGCCAUCUGCAUGAGUUCUACCGCAUGGUCAAAGACGCCCCCUGGCUCGGAGGGGAUCAAGAGUAUUCCUGGUUGAAUGAAGCCUGGCCAUACUCUUACAAUGCACUUGUGCCACUGGCCUGGACCGCAGACGAUGCACGGCUCAAACACCACGUCCUGAGGGUUACCGAUUGGGUGAUUGCUCAUCAGCACGCAGAUGGCUGGUUGGGUCCGGAGGCUGACCUGUCACGUCGCAAUCUUUGGGCCCGCUAUCCCCUUUUCCUGGGGUUCAUGCAGCUGGUCGAGGCCGAACCUGAGCUGGGCCAAACCAUGAUCUUGCCUGCCAUGCAUCGCUUUCUUAGUCUCAUGCACGAGAUGCUAGCAGACCACCAUCAAGGCUACGUCUGGAAGCCAGGUGACCAAUUUGAUGAGCAAUGGGGCCGGUCUCGUGCCGCAGACAUGGUGCUCGCUCUGCAAUGGCUCUAUGAGAAACACCCCAUGGGAAACGAAAAGAUCAUCCAUCAUUGUAUGGUCUACAUGUACGAGAUGGCCUACGACUGGGCUUACUGGUUUCAUGAAGACCAGUUCUUGAAAGAAGACCUCGAUUGGGUGCCCGUCGAACUGACCCAGAGGCUGUUUCCACACAUUCACGUGGUGAAUGCGGGCCAGGGGCUGAAAUGGGCCGCCGUCAUGCGAAGACUUGUCCAUGAUGACUCUCUACUCUCAACGGCCAGGAACGGGGUCAACUGGACCUUCCAAUACCAUGGCACUCCCUCGGGGGCCAUCAUUGGCGAUGAACGUGAAGCAGGACUCAGUCCUGUCCGAGGCACGGAGCUCUGCAGCGUGGUGGAAUCCAUCUUCUCCUUGAAUUAUCUCUACCAGGCGCUAGGAGACCGUGACUUUGCCGACAAGUCGGAGUUGGCAGCCUACAAUGCGUUGCCUGUCAUGUUCAUGCCUCACUGGUGGGCUCAUCAAUAUGUCGCCCAGACCAACCAACCCAUCAGUCACCAGCUGGACAAGUCACCCUUCUGGAAUGUCGGCCCCUGGGGGCAAACGUUCGGGACCGAACCAAACUUCCCAUGCUGCACGGUCAACAUGCAAGGAUACUCCAAGUUUGUCCCGGCAUUGUUCGUCCAGGUGGGCGAGGACGGACUCGCGCACGCGCUGCUCGGGCCGGCUCAGGUCAGCACCACGUUGAAGAAUCGCAACCAAGUCCAGAUCCGAAGCCACACUAACUAUCCGUUCAGCAACUACCUCAGCUACGACAUCGAGGCAACAUCGAGCUUCCGCUUCUCCUUCAGGGUCCCCUCCUGGGCUAUUCUCGAAGAGAGUGGUGUAUGGGUUGACUCUGGCAAAGAGCAUCCUCUGCAGCCAGAUGCCGCCACCGGUUUGCAUACCAUGGCGGUGCCAGCAGGAAGAAGCCGCAUCGAGGCCGCGUUUGGCGCCAAGGUGCGCAUUGAGCCCAGGGCCAACGGUACUGUCUCGAUCUAUCAUGGCGCUCUACUGUAUGCGUUGCCUGUUGCAGGCGAAUAUCAUGCUUCUCGUCCGGCGAGGUACCCCGGUACUUCGGCUCCUCCACAAGCACAGGACUGGGAAAUCUUACCUAGAGAGCCGUGGAACGUGGCGAUCGAUCCCUCGAGCCUGAAGUUUUACGAGUAUCCGAACCGGUAUGCCGAGCGGCUGCCGGAUCCGAUCUGGAAUGAGGAAGCGCCUCCUGUCAGCAUCUCGGCCUUGGCUUGUCAGAUAGCGUGGCAAUUGGAAGAUGGAUAUGCUCCUAGUCCGCCCUUGGUGGGAGGCCGGAACUGUACAGGGAGGGCAUUCCCCGUGGAGCUGCGGCCUUAUGGCAGUGCUAAACUGCACAUGGCGGAGUUGCCAACCGUGGAUUUGAGGCCCGGCAGUCCUGACUUGUGGCGGCCAGGGAAGGAUGGCCCAGAGGAUCGAGGGUCACACCACCAGGGCGAACUAUAG